AUGUUUUUGUAUAUUUUUAUAUUUAUUGUUACAUCUAUUCUCAUUUUGAAAAGAAUUAUAACCAAAAGAAAAAAGCAUACAUACACACAUAAAGAUCAUUUUACAACGAAAGAAUCUUUAAAGUACAUCCAGCCAACUGAAAAUGUGCCUUAUUUGAAGUAUACAAAAGAUUUAAAGUAUGAUAUUAUAAAACUUAAUACAGGUGAGACUAUAAAUAAAAGUGAAAUGUUUUUUAUUGAAAAAGGGUCAGUUAUAAUCACACAUGAAGAAAAGUUUGUUUGUAAAAAACAACAAAAUGAUUUUUAUUUUUAUGCAUUAGAUUUUUUUGGUAUAAAUAAAGAAAAUGUGCAUAUUAUUGCAAAUGAACCGUGUGUUAUUUGGAAAAUCGACAAAUCUAAAAUCAACACAUUUGUAUUACUUACUAGUAUAAAAAAGAAAGUCAUUGAUGUCUUGGUUGAACAAUUUGAUUAUCCAGAUCUAUUUAUAGAAAAUGAGUUAGAGCUUAAUAAGCUGUUUUUUACCGACAAAGUAAAUCGAAAAUUUCAAUUACAACAUUUUAUGCUUAAUAUUUUGAACUUUAAGAAAAAUUUUUCUAUGUACACAAAAGUUUUGAGCUAUACCAAUAAUGAAGUGAUUAAGAAAAAAGAAAUAUACAUGGAAAAUUUAUUUUUAAUUGAAGAGGGAACAAUACACCUGAAAUACAAUGAUAAAGUAUUUUAUUGCAGGGAAGGAAACAUAUUUGGAUAUUUUAGUUUAUUUUUUAAUUGCUACCGAAAAAUUGAAAUUAAGUGUGAAGAACCAGUUAUUCUAAAAGCAAUAAGCUAUGAAUAUCUUAUAAGGAGUGGUCUUGAUCUACAAAAUUUUAGGCUAGAAUAUUUAAAAAAUUUUUGUACUAUAAUACAUUAUAUUGAUUUAUGUACAGAUUGGCGAAUUUUUAGAAUUAAUGAUACUAUUGCUAAUUCAGAAUUUUGUCAAACAGAAGCUUUUAAAAAGAUUAUUUAUCUUAAUGAAGGAUCCUUGCAAAAAAAGGAUAAUACUCUUAUUGUCAAGCGGCUUAGUGAUAUUAUUUACAUAGAUGAAUAUAUAAUACGACAUAUGUUACACUUUGAUAUAAAUUUUUAUAAGAAAUUACAUAAAAAAACAGGAAUCUCUAAAAAUAAUAAAAUUGUUAGUGUUUUACCAAACAACAAUGAUACAAAUAUUCGUUUAUUUAGUAAAAGACUCAAAGCUUCGAUUGGUAAAGAUUGUCUUCUUUUAGACAAAAAAGAUUUUUUUCUUAGUUUUGAUAUUUCUGAAGAAUUGCGGGUAAGUGAAUUUUUAAACAGACUUUCAAGAACCCAUAGUUUAAUUUUAAUUAAUGUAGAAAAUAAGUUUAGCCGCUUAGCUAAGUUCUUACAUGAAUUCAGUGAUGUAGUCUUAGUUGUUGGAUAUGGAUGGGAUAUAAAUUUUAAUACUACAUUUUAUAAUGAUAAAAAUUCAGAGACUGAUAAAAAUUUUUAUACUAAUGUCGAAUUUGUUAAAUUAUACGAGCAAAAACCAACACAAAAAAGCAAACCCCGAAAUGACAAUAAUUUAAAUUGUCUUAAAAUACAUAACAUAUUAAGUCCAAAUAAAACAAUACUGUUUUCUUCAAAAGACUAUGAUAGAUUAAGCAGGUAUCUUAUGAAUAAAAGAAUAGGUCUUGUAUUAAGUGGUGGAGGAGCAAGGGGCAUUGCACAUAUUGGAGUAAUUCAGGCAUUAGAAGAAGAGAAUAUUCCAAUUGAUAUAAUUGGUGGAAGUAGUAUGGGGGCAUUUAUAGGCGCAUUAUAUUGUAAAGAAUGUGAUAAUGGUUUUGUUUUUUUAAAAGCCAAACAAUUUUGUUCUAGAGCCAAUUCUCUUCUGAGAGUUUUUCUCGAUUUAACAUUUCCUUUAAUGUCUUUAUUUAGGGGAGAAACGUUAAACAAUGGAUUAAAAAAGAUUUUUAAAAAUGAUUUAAUACAAAAUUUAUGGAUUGAAUAUUUUUGUGUAACUACAAACCUGUUUACCAACGAAGAAGAAGUACAUAUUUCUGGACUUGCUUGGAAAUUUAUUAGAGCUAGUAUGGGUUUAUGUGGCUAUGUUCCACCCAUCAUUGAUUCUAAAGGAUAUCUUGUUGAUGGUGGGUAUCUUAAUAAUGUUCCGGCAGAUAUAAUGCUAAAUAUGAAUGUUAGCAAAAUUAUUGCCGUUGAUGUUGGAACCAUUGAAGAAAAUGAUUAUGACGAACAUGAAGAAUGUUUUAAUGGAUUUGUUGGUUUAAUACAUAAAUUUUUUGAUGUUCGUAAAUAUAUAACAAUGCAAGAAAUUCAAUACAGACUGUCAUUUUUAACAUCUGAAAAAAAGCUUAAAGCACUAGAAAAGAACAAUCAAGUAUUUGUGAUGAGACCCGAGCUAGAGGAUAUUCACACGAUGGAUUUUAAAAAAUUUGAUAAAAUUGUAGCAACGGGAUAUUCUUCUGCUAAAAAAAUUUUGAAAGAAUGGAAAUCAAAUGGAAUAUUUGAUACGCACUUUAAUCAGAAUAAAAAUAAACUUCGAAGGCGCAGAUAUUCUGUAUAA